UUACUGCGUUUACGGUUUUAUGUUAGGUUAGGAGGGAAACAUGUCGCUAGAAAUCUUGUCACAGGCCAGUAUCACACUAAUUAGUGCUUCCCUCUCCGUCAUUGGAGGACUGGCACUCUUACUGACAUACGUGAAGAUUCCGAUAUUUCAAACUUCUGUCCACAGACUUCUUGUUUUUCUGACGAUUGCUGAUAUUCUGACUGCUUUUGGAUACAUCAUAGGGACUGUGAACUUUCUCACACUGAACGAUGAUCAGAGGAACACUACAGAUCCAAUGUGUGAAGCACAGAGCUUCAUCACUACUUUCUCUAGCUUAUCUUCCUUUGGUUGGACGUCUGUUAUUGCAAUUCAUCUGUAUCUUCUGAUCAGGUCUCAUAGAAACUUUGAAAAGGAUCGUUUGGUAAAAGCUUGGUACUUUACCAUAGGAUGGAUUUUUCCUGCAACCAUAACCACUGUUGUUCUGGCAAUAAAAAAGCUUGGUAGAGAUACCCACGGACAGCAAGCAGGAACUGGCUUAUGGUGCUGGAUCAAACUUGAUUACAAGGACAACAGAAUUCACCCAUCAGAUAUACGUCUUAUGUUCAUAUCAGGAAAGCUCUGGGAAAUUCUAACAUAUGUACUGUCAUUCUCUGUAUACAUGUUGUUAAAAAUUACCACGUUUUUAGAGAGACAAAGAAACAGUAACUACAGCUGGGGUCGUGUCAAAGGAACGGAUCUAAGAGACGAAGAUGAAAGGUUUUGCUUCACAUGGCUUAUUCUUUAUUUACUGAGACUCUGGGGAACUAUAAGAUUUUUCUUUGCAAUCUCUGGUGACGGAUCUAAUCAAAAAAUUACAAAUGCGGACAACAUCCUUAAAUAUUUUCAUUGUGCUGGGGACUGUGCGCAGGCCUUGGGAAACUUUCUUUUAUUUUGUGUUUUUGAUAAAAACAUCAGAAAGAAGUAUGGAGAAAUAUUUUGUAGAUACCGUUAUGAUCGAAAUCAAAAUGUAUUGUUAAAUACUUCAGAAUCUACAAAUUAUCAAACUACAUUUCGUAUCAAACGGAAGGAAAAUGACGCCAUGUUAAUGUGAAUCGAACUGACUCCAUCUUGUGUAUUGUCUUGGAAAGAAAUAUAAACAUUAGGUCCAUAACGGAGGAAAUAAAACUUGUAUAAAAAGGAACUAAAUUAUAUGUACCAAACCUAACUUUAAGUGUAAAAUAAUGUCUGAACAAGCUUAUCUUUUAAAAAGAUUGGUGAGCUAGCGCUGUAGCCAUCAUAAAACACAUAAGUAGAUUUAUAAAACAUUGGUUUAAAUUUCUGAAUCUAUUAAUUAACAAUAGGAAGGCACAGUGGUGUACUGAAAUCGUGCUGGAAUGGGGUCUCAAUUUAAAAUUGUAAAUCUAGAGUGGGCUUCACAUCGGCAAUGACAUAGCUCAUUGACUGUGCCUUAAUCAUUAUGUAUCUACUGUAAUUUCAAUUUCUAUGUGAAAAUUUUUAAGAACCAUAUUGAGACUGUUUUGUACCAAUCGUAUCUUCUCGGGCCUUUCCGACAAGCUCGGAAAACAUUAUCCGAGGUUGUUUUCCAAGCUUAAAGGAAUAAAGCUAGCUAUUUAUCAUAAUAUUUAAAAUUACUUUGCAUUAUAAGACCUAAGCUACUGUUACUUUUUGACAUUUACAAUAGAACACAAAACUUCUUGUGAAGAUUAUAAAACGAAAUUCAAUUGGUACAGUUUAUCUACAGUAGCACAGUAUUCCCAGAAUCCCUUACUAUGGAGUCGAGCAUGCGUAUUCCAGUGAAAAAGACUAACGUAGUUGCUAGCGCUCGAGAGCGCUAGCAACGAGUGUGUCUGAUUUUUUAAAUUUAGAAUUUCUAUACAAAGUAAAGUAACCUUCGUAACAAGGCCUAGCGAACGCAUAUCACUGAGGGAAUAACAAUAGUUUCAUUUAUCCCCUUUCUCAAACUUAAAAAAAAACAAUGCAUAUUCAGUAGAAAUCUUCCUCUUCAGUGUGAAACUUUAGGAUGAAAUUGAUGACUUUCCAGUUCAUGGUUCAUGAACGAUUUAAUAUCAAAUCCAAAACUUUUUGUUUAUUUUUUCGUCAAUACAUCAUGAUGGGCCUUCUUUUAAGGUUAUUAUAAUGAAUAUUGUAGCACAAUAUCAUUAUUUAAAAAAACAAUUUGUCCUUAUAUAAACCUGAUGAAAUAGAAAAUAACAAUCUGUAUUUUGUGUUUAAUUUACAAUUUGCAUGUGGUGUUUAUCUUCUAACAUAAACACUAUUUGUUUUUACUAGUUGAUUUGUUUGCUAUCUAUAUUACGUUAUCAGUCAACCGUCAGUAUAUUCCAAAUAACUUAGAUAAUUUUUAUAUUUAGAAAUUAAUACGAAUGUCGUACAUUGUAAUCAGUCUCACUAUAUACUUAGCAAUUCAAUGUGUAGAAAUUUUUGAAAUAUUUUUCAGCAAAGGAUGAUGUGAGUAUAAUACGGCCACUCUGUAGGACUGAAAAAUGUGCAUGUAUCCUCAAGGACUCCCUUUUCUAACCAAAAUAAAACAACCAAAUGGAAGAUA